UUGCAGAAGAAAAAUUUAAAUUAUUUGCACCAUUUUAUUUGUUAGACACUACGGACAUGAAUGUUAAUCUUAGGGAGGUAAAGACAUUAAAGGAGUCAGAAGAUCCACGACAUUUCUUUCAGUAUGGAAGACCUUUGUGGGGUGCACUAUUAAUGCCUUCUAGUGAUACUAAAGGAAUGGAAUCAGAACAUAUUAUCGAAUUGGCCAUGGAUAAGCUUAUUGGCGGAAAAUAUUAUGGUGUUUGGAGGGAAGAACUCUCCGAAGCCUUAAAAAAAGGCGUAGUAGAGGCCGAGCUUACAGCUAGAUUAUUACUUCUCAACGCCUGGAAUUGUUGUAUCAAGAAAAAGAUCCUAGAUGAGAAUAGCAUGAAUACUAGCAAAAAUUAUUUUCGAUUCGUGGCUCUUGAAGAAUUUUUAAAAUCAUUACUCGUGGACAAUGUUUAUGAGAAAAUAAAGAAUCGCCAUGAAGCUAGAAAGAAUCGUAAAAAUAAAUCUAAACCAGAAAACAAAAUCCCUAAACCCCAAAAUGCUUGGGUUCUCUUUAGAAAAGAUUACGAAGCUAAUCAACGUAUGCGUUUUCCUGACAAGGCAUUAAAAAUAAAGAAUGUCUCUACCAAUGCAGGUGACGUUUGGAGAAAUCAACCGUCCAAG